AUGGCCGGCAGUCCGCGGGAACAGUGGGAAAGGCUUCAGGUGAUUCUACAGAACCGCGCGAGAGGCGGCGGUGGUGGAUUCAAAUUUGGCGGAGGCUCGCCUAUUGGAGGUCCGGCUGUUGCACUUGUUGCCUUGAUAGCUGGCGGAUAUGCGCUGUCAACCGCUCUUUUCAACGUCGACGGUGGUCACCGGGCCAUCAAGUACUCUAGAUUAUCUGGUGUGAAAAAAGACAUUUACAGCGAAGGAACGCAUCUUCAGAUACCCUGGAUCGAGACUCCGGUCGUAUACGAUGUCCGCGCAAAGCCACGAAACGUCGCCUCCUUGACCGGAACCAAGGACUUGCAGAUGGUCAACAUCACAUGCCGUGUUCUAUCCCGACCACGAAUCGAAGCACUACCUCAGAUUUACCGGACACUUGGAAAGGAUUUUGAUGAGCGGGUUUUGCCGUCUAUUGUCAACGAAGUGCUGAAGAGCGUCGUCGCCCAGUUCAAUGCUAGUCAACUGAUCACGCAGCGAGAGAACGUUGCUCGUCUUGUUCGUGAUAACUUGGCCCGACGAGCGGCUCGCUUCAACAUUACCCUGGAUGAUGUUUCAUUGACUCAUCUCGCUUUCUCCCCCGAAUUCACCGCUGCCGUCGAAGCCAAGCAAGUGGCCCAGCAAGAUGCACAGAGAGCUGCUUUCGUGGUCGACAAGGCCCGGCAAGAGAAGCAAGCGACAGUCGUCCGCGCUCAGGGUGAAGCCCGUUCCGCCGAGCUCAUUGGUGACGCCAUCAAGAAGAGCAAGAGUUACGUCGAACUUCGUCGCAUCGAGAACGCACGCAACAUUGCUCAAAUCCUUCAAGAAUCUGGCAAGAACAAGCUAUACCUUGACACUCAAGGCCUGGGUCUGAAUGUCAAUGCCAAUCCUGACAACGAAAAAUAA